UAGCAGUGGCCAUCCAUCCAUCCUGCCUUGUCAGUCUGUCUGCACAGCACAAACCACUGACCAGCCCAAAUCAGUGAGGGCGUCACCACACGCUAGAGGCCAAAACAUCGCUGUCUGUCUGUAUGCCACAACAACUUAUCCAUUCCGUUCUGUUCAGUCAGCCGUAGGUCGUCGUCGCACCGUACUGCUGCACCUGCAUCAGUGCAGUGGGAAGGAACACAUGAUAUAUAUACACACACCAAGAUGCAUCCAUUGCAUUGUGUCCAUCCGAUCCGCGUGUGGUUCUGCCCGCCUGCCCCGCCAAAGUCACUGACUGACCGUUCCUGGCGGCACUCUGACGAUGAGGGGCUCCUGCUGCCCGUACAUUACCGGAGAGGCGCCAUCUGAGGCCAGCGCCAUGCCAUCAUAUCCACCAACACAAACAACCAUGGGUGCUGAUCGAGUCGAGUGUGGCAUCGCGUCUGAUUCCUCCCUCCUACACACACACGUGCCAGGGGGUGGAGGUGGCAUUGGGGGUCCGCCGUAAGGUCCGCCGCCGUAUUCCUCGUCUUCAUCAUCGUCCUCGUCGAUCUUGUGGCUGUAUCCGUCACACACACACACACACACAGACACACACAGGCGUCACUCUCAUCACACACUUCAUCACUCGGCUGACUGACCACUGUGUGAUGAGAGUGACGAUGGGCACGAGGAGGAAGAGGGUGCCCGCCAUCGCCAGGUGAAACGAAUAACUCACCGCCAUACCUGAGAUGUGUGGAAAGAUACCCGAGACAAGACACUUAUUUCCAUGUCUCUGGUCCGGCCGGCCACUGAGUGGCUGACCUCCGCCUCCGCCGAUCCCGAAGGCCGUGAUGAGAUUGUCACUGACACAGACACGUAUCCACCGGUCUCCCUCUCUGUCUGUUUGUCUGUUUGUCUGUCUGUGUGUCUGUGUGUCUGUGUGCCUGUCUCUGUGGUUAGUCACUCGAACAUGCCCUGAAUGUUGUUGGUGGCCAUGUAGUAGAACCCCAGGCAGGCCGCGCACGCCAACACAGGAGCGAGAUGUAGAACUCCGUCUUCUUGUAGAUGCCCUUGCGCCGCCCCCGCCGCGCCCACAUUACGAACAGGAGCAGCGAAAACAGCUCAAACACCAAGGCGAUACCCACGGCAAAGGUCUGCAAAGAAAGGGGCGAGAGGGAAUGAGCAGAGCAUUGUGACUGUGCGGUUGGUUAUUUAGCUGAGCAACCAUGAUGAAGGAGGCCCAGGCGACCAUGUCCAGGUUGGCACAAGCGCUGUGGCCUGCACGUGUGCACGUGUGGACAGACAGACAGACAGGCAGGCAGGCAGGCAAAAGGCAGAAUUCGGUGUCUCCUGACACCCGAUGCUGCAAGGAUGCACCAACCGAUGAUUCCGUAGCUCUGCCGGGAGAUGCCGCAGGCGAUGUCGCGCGCAUCGGUGAUGAGGUGCUUGCCCAUGAUGGGAGACUCGCUGUACACACACGCACACACACAUGGACACACACACGUGUAAUUGAUUAGGAGGGAAGUCUCUGGGCCUGCGUGCCAUGUGGUGUCUCUUCUGUCAGUGACGUGACUGACCAGAAUUGUCUCAUCAGUUUCUUCAGUUUCUGUGGCUCCUUUGCGCAUGGACUGAAUGCGAUGUUCAUUUCCCAGAGGGAGAAGUCUAUCGUCAGGACGUAGACGAACACCACCGUCCACUUCUUGUGAUACCUGCAGGUCAAUGCGAUGCACCCAAUGGCAUCCAUCCAUCCAUCCAUCCACACACACACAGACAGGCACGACACGACAAGCAGUGCAAGGGGGGGGAGGGCAGGGUGCGUGGCCCGUACCAGUAGGGGAGGAAUACGGCUAUAACCCACAGCAGGAGUGCCAGGCACACCGACAGCAGGAACAGCAGGGGCGCCUUCGAGGCCAUCCCGUCUCGACGCCGUCUCACUCACUGCACAAAGCUGCCUCUUCUUGCUAGGAGGUGCUGUCCCGUCUGCUCUCUGAUUCAAAUUGCUCGGGGGGAAAGGGG